AGCUGAAAGUGGAAAAGCAAACACCGUAGCCUCAGGCUUGAAGGUUUACUCCAUACUACGGCGUACUAGUAGUUUCUUUCAUCAUCCGUCCGGGUUGUUGCUCUCUCUCUCCUUCCUUGUCUGUCACUUCAUGACUACUUGCAGGAUACGAACAGAAUCUCCGUCCCGACCUUCUCGGUGGCAAGUUUCAUCAUGCUCCUCCAAUGAGCAUGGUCAACGUUGCUUCAAUGCAGAAUGCUAGCCGAGAGAUUGUUUCCCUGUUGAGUGCUAAAGCUUGCAGAUGGCACGCUCAAUACUUCAUAGCAGUAGACGUCUGACAUUGCUCUGCAUCGAUAAUCCCGGUUCCGCCGUUCCUUUCUUUAGUAACAAGUGCUGCAGCAUGGGACGUGCAGAUAAGCAACUUCCCUCUCUAGGCCUGUCAGAUCGCAAAGACCAUACUUUAUCGCACCGUGCUUCACCGUGCUUGUCUAUCCCCAUAUUUGCCACCAGUCCGGAGGAACAGGCGACGGGUCUUUCCGAUACACGAGCCCCGGUCACAGUAGCUGCAAGGGGGGCUUUCCAGGUUUUUGGAUGUCAAGUACAACAGCGGUGCGAAAAAAGCAACCCAGCCAACCAGGACGGGGAAUAGAGUUUCGUCAGACACAAGCCAGCUCAGGGCAUCAGAGAAAAAUAGUGAUGUUCAUC